GUUCAAGUUAGGUCCAGAUUUAGAAAAAAGGGAAACGCACACCGGAGAAGAAGGUUCAAAGCGGCCACACAGAGAUUUAUCUGAUACUGUAAAACGGUAUCGCCACAAGAAGCAAUUUCAAGAACACAGUCAACAAGAUUUCUUGUUUCUUGGAAAAUAAAAGUGUUCUGCUAAAACCCUAAUUCAGAGAGAUUAUAGUCUUUUACAAGAAAGGCAUCAUGGGGAAGAAACAACACAGUAAAGAUCGAAUGUUUAUAACCAAGACAGAAUGGGCAACUGAAUGGGGUGGCGCUAAAUCGAAAGAACUUAAAACCCCUUUUAAACGGCUUCCCUUCUAUUGCUGCGCUCUUACAUUUACACCGUUCGAGGACCCAGUAUGCACAAAAGAUGGCAAUGUUUUUGAAAUAAUGCAUAUAGUUCCAUACAUCAGGAAAUAUGGGAGGAAUCCAGUAACUGGGGCACCUAUGAAGCAAGAAGACUUAAUUCCUCUUACUUUCCACAAGAACUCUGAAGGAGAGUAUCAUUGUCCGGUCUUGAACAAGGUUUUUACAGAGUUCACACAUAUAGUUGCUGUAAGAACUACGGGAAAUGUUUUCUGUUAUGAGGCAGUUAAAGAACUGAAUAUCAAAACAAAGAACUGGAAGGAGCUUCUCACUGAUGAAGCAUUCUCUAGAGAAGACCUUAUAACAAUUCAAAAUCCUAAUGCACUGGACACCAAGGUGCUUCUAGAUUUUGAUCAUGUUAAGAAAAAUUUAAAGGUUGACGAUGAAGAAAUACAGAAAAUGCAUUCUGACCCAACAUACAACAUAAAUAUUACUGGGGACAUCAAGCAAAUGCUCAAGGAACUUGGAAGUGAGAAAGCGAAAGAGAUUGCACUGCAUGGUGGAGGUGGGAACAAGGCACAGAAUGAAAGAGCUGCUGCUCUUGAGGCUAUUUUAGCUGCAAGAUCACGUAUCAAAGAUGACGCGAAAACAAAAGAAAAUGGUGAAGGAACAGCGCAGCAGACUUUCAGCAUUGUGGAUGCUGCAUCUGCGUCAGUUCAUGGAAGAAGUGCUGCUGCUGCAAAGGCUGGUUCAACUGAUAAAACAGCUGCGCGGAUAGCUUUGCACAUGGCGGGUGAAAGGACUCCAGUAAAUGCUAAGCUGGUUAAGAGUCGUUUUACCACUGGUGCUGCUUCUCGAUCCUUCACUUCCACCUCCUAUGAUCCGGUAACAAAGAAUGAAUAUGAAUAUGUUAAAGUUGAGAAAAAUCCCAAGAAGAAAGGUUAUGUCCAGCUGCAUACAACACAUGGUGAUUUGAACAUUGAGCUUCAUUGUGACAUAACUCCAAGGGCAUGUGAGAACUUCAUUACUCUUUGUGAACAAGGUUAUUAUAAUGGAGUAGCUUUUCACAGAAACAUCCGGAAUUUCAUGAUUCAAGGUGGUGAUCCAACUGGGACAGGGAAAGGAGGUGAGUCGAUCUGGGGUAAGCCCUUCAAGGAUGAAGUGCACUCCAAGUUGCUGCAUUCUGGUAGAGGUGUUGUUAGCAUGGCUAAUUCUGGUCCUCACUCAAAUGGCUCACAGUUCUUCAUCCUGUACAAGUCUGCCACUCACUUAAAUUUCAAACAUACCGUCUUUGGUAUGGUUGUUGGAGGCUUGCCAACACUUUCCACCAUGGAGAAAGUCCCUGUUGAUGACGAUGACCGACCUCUGGAAGAAAUCAAGAUAAUAAGUGUAGAAGUUUAUGUAAACCCCUAUGCAGAGCUUGAUGAAGAAGAGGAGAAAACAAACGAUGACAACAAAACUGAAGAUGCAGACAAUGAGAAGGUUGGAUCAUGGUACAGCAAUCCUGGAACUGGAACCUCAGAGAUUCAAGCUGUUGGCAGUGGAAUUGGGAAGUAUUUGAAAGCAAGGGCUGCACAGGCUGAUUCCAAAACUUAUUCUGAUAGCAGUCUGCCACCUAUUUCUGUAGUGAAGAAGAGAAAAACAGGCUCAUCAACAGCAGAACUUAAAGAUUUUUCAGCAUGGUAGAAUUGUAAUUAUCUGUUAAUACUGUGACAUUGAACUUCCUUCAGCAAACAAGUGUAAGACGGAAACCAAGUGGUUAGGAUCUGAACUCUCAAUACGAGCUUUUUUAAAAAAAGACUAGGGAUGAUUCAGUUUGAUACUUGAUAAAAGCACACAGAGAGAUGCUUUGGUUUGAGUUUUACUAUUAUUUAAUCGACGAGAGGAACUGCUAUCAUCUGUAACAUAUUCAAUCCCGAUAAUCUGAACUUGUAGGUAUGUUAUUACAUCAUCAGGCUUAGUAAAUCUGUUUGUACUAUGAACGUUUGAUGAAUCUAGGGCUAGUGUUUCUCCCAAAUGAUUUUUAAUUUGGUGGAAUUUACUUUAGUUGUUUAAGUGUAAUGAUACUGUCAAAGACUUUUCUCUGCCAGGCCGAAUAUGGGACCCUAUGGAAAAGAUGGGAGAAACAAAAGAAGAAGAAGAGAAAAGGGAGUGCAGAGUUAGGAACAAUCUAUUACACUUGUUUUAGACACUUGGUGAUAUUUUUUUACUAUAACUGUAGUAUUAUUAACAAUUAUAUAGGUUUUUACUGCUUCUCCCCUUGUUCAGAAUGGUGAUAUAAGAUUGAGCUUUUGAUGUUUCA